UAAGACUAGCGGUUACAGUAGCUCAGACGCAUCGGGCAUAGACAUAGCGAGUUACACCCCCAGCCUUUGGACAGUUUUUACCAGGGGGUCGAUGCAGAUAUCUUGUUUUGGUCAGUCAAAGUUGAUAAGUGACCGACGUCGGAUAAAAUCAGUUUGACCGAGAGAAGAAGACACUGGACGCGAAGGUACACUGUGUACGUGCGCUUUUUAUCCGGUCAUUUUGUAAUCAGAUCAAUAUGUGCUGGGAUGGUUCGGGCACAAUGUGCCAUUAGGCUCCAAUAAAUCCUGCAUCAGGUCUCCUAGGCUACUCAGUCUUGAUACCUUUUGACCAUCACAUGAGGCUCUAUGAAAGGAGAUGCACAGACUGAUUUUGGAUAAGAAUGAACGUUGCCUGUAGCUGUUUUGUAUCCAAACACAUUGUGCAUCUAUAGGGUGGUGACCAUUGACCUUCAUUAUAUGACUGACAAACAAGAACGGUUUGACCUAAAAAUACCAAAAUUGAAACUACUGCGGAAACAAAGACACCUACAUCUUGGAUGCCCUUGAGGAAGCACUCCUUCCACCUUCUCCUCUCUCCUCCAGGAGCAUGCCCUCUGAGCCUCCUCCCAGCUCUCAGGACAUGCUGACAGGACAGAGGCUGUGUCAAUCCAAAUCCCACCAGGACUCUGUCCUCUCUGCCCUUAAUCAGCAGCGCAAGGACGGACUGCUCUGCGAUGUCACCCUGGUCGCCGGGGAACAGAAGUUCCAUGCCCACAAGGCGGUCCUGGCGGCCUGCAGUGAUUACUUCCGGGCCAUGUUCAGUCUGUGUAUGGUGGAGAGUGAGGCAGAUGAGGUAACUCUCCAGGGUGUGACUAGCGUCGGACUGAAGCACGCACUGGACUUCGCCUACACAGGCCAGAUCAUGCUAGAGCCAGGAGUGAUACAAGACGUCCUGUCUGCUGGAAGCCACCUUCAGCUGCUGGAACUGCUCAGCCUCUGUUCGCACUAUCUCAUUCAGGAGCUGAACAGUUUUAACUACCUGGACCUGUACAGGCUGGCAGACCUCUUCCACUUGCCGGCCCUGGAGGAAGCAGUGGUGGGCUUUCUGGUGGAUCACCUCUCUGAGCUGCAGAAGAACAGGCAAGAGGAAGUGCUGCUCCUACCUUAUCGGCUCCUCAGGGAAGUGCUAAAAAGCGACCGGCUCACCUCCCUCAGUGAGGAGGAGAUAUGGCAGUUAUUGGUGCGUUGGCUGGAGCAUGACUGCAGAUACCAGUACAUGGAGGAACUGCUGCAAAACGUGCGCUACGGCCUGAUGGAGGUCUCCGCCCUGCAUCGUGUGGCCAGUAGCCACCCCUUUCUCAACUCCAGCAGCACCGUCGCCGCCCUGGUGGAAGAGGCAUUGGACUACCAUCACUCUGUAUUUGCACAGCCUUUACGUCAGACGUCCCGCACCACGCCACGCUUUCAGUCACUAACAUUAUACAUCAUCGGCGGACGCAAACGGGAGGUCAGCCGGGUUCGGGAGCUGCGGUUCUUCAACCCUGCCGCGCAGGAGCACACGCGUGUUGCCGGGGGUUCUAACUGGAGUGAAUUAGCACCCAUGCCUGCUGGACGGAGUCACCACUGUGUGGCUGUCAUGGGCAACUUCCUGUUCGUGUCUGGCGGGGAGGUGGAACACGCCACUGGAAGAACGUGCGCGGUGAGGACGGCGUGCCGGUACGAUCCAAGGGUGAACCGCUGGACUGAUAUUGCACCAAUGAAGGCGUGCAGAGAGCACUUUGUGCUGGGAGCUCUGGGACAGUAUCUCUAUGCCGUCGGGGGGAGGAAUGAACUGAGGCAGGUUCUCCCCAGCGUAGAGCGCUACUGCCCCAAGAGGAACAAGUGGACCUACGUGCAACCCUUCGACCGUUCGCUGUCCUGUCAUGCAGGAUGCGUGGCUGACGGGCUGCUCUGGGUCUCAGGUGGUGUUACUAACACAGCUCAGUACCAGAAUCGACUGAUGGUGUAUGACCCAGGACAGAAUCAGUGGCUAGCGCGCAGUCCCAUGUUGCAGAGGAGGGUGUACCAUGUGAUGGCGGCAGUCAAAAGGCAGCUAUAUGUGCUUGGGGGGAACGAUCUAGACUACAACAAUGACCGCAUCCUGGUUAGACACAUUGACUCUUACGACAUGGACAUGGACCAGUGGACACGUUGCACCUUCAGUCUCCUCACAGGCCAAAAUGAGGCAGGAGUGUCUGUCCAUGAUGACAGAAUCUAUGUAGUUGGUGGAUAUUCCAUCUGGACAAAUGAACCCCUUGCUUGCAUUCAGGUUCUAGAUGUGAGCACCAAGGGUAAAGAGGAGGUUUUUUAUGGGCCAACGCUCCCAUUCGCCUCGAAUGGAGUGGCGACAUGUUUCUUGCCUGCACCGUACUUUACCUGCCCCAACCUGCAGACCCUACAAGUGCCACAUCACAGGAUAGGGGCUCUCUAACAUAGGAUAUUACCACUAACACACUGAACCAGUGGAAUCAUUUAAGAGCCUAUUCUACUCCCACAAAUUGUGAUGGGUGGAUGGAGUGGAGUCACCGUUGAUCAUACAUUGAUCAUGUUGAGCCCGUAUGAAGUGUUCUGAUGGAUGUGGAAACAUUCAAAAAGAAGUUCAAGUGUUUUUUUAUUAUCAAGAUUAGACCGACGUUCAUGCAUUUCUGAACUGGAUAUGCACCAUGCUAAUCCAGUUUAACAAGUAGAGUGUAAAUCUGGCUGAAUGAUUUAGAGACACUUUAUGGCCCAGUCCAAAAUGGUACACUUGUAGACUGUAGGUUGUCCAAUUUGUCAUUUUAACACUCUUUUACUCAACAACCCAUGCAGAAUUACAACAAGGGAAAAAUGCAAAGGCGGCGGGUCCAAGUGUAAGGGACCUGUUUUCAUAGAUUCUAGAAUUCAAUCCACUCUCCACUCUGACCUUAAUGUUCUGGGACUCUAUUGGCGCUUUUCCACUGCUGGUACGGCUCAGUACGGCUCAGUACGGUUCGGCUCACUUCGCUUUUCCACCGCGUGGUACGACUCUGCUCGACACGUCAUGACUCGGUUCGCUUUAGCUCGGUUGCUUUUCCACUGCAGUUAGUACCGCUUUAAAGUGGGUGGGAUUAUAGACUGAUCGAUAACAGCGGUGGCUGUUACUGGCUAUUUAAAUCUAGCUGGUUUGGUUUCUCGUGUCGAUGUCAAUUGGUUGCAAAUACAAUGACGCUGGUACUGACGAUUCUGUCUGACCAAUCAGUGAUCUGCUGUGUUUCACGUCACAUUUAGUACCGGUACGGUACGCUUGGAACCUAAACAGAUCAGGUACCAUUUAAAGCGUGCCAUACCGUACCAUACCAUGCAGUGGAAAAGCUCCACAAGUGAGCCGUACCGAGGCGAGCUGUACCGUACCAUGGAGUGGAAAAGCGCCAAAUAAUAUUGAAAUCAGCCAAACGUCAGUUUCCAUUCCAUGUCAUUUCUCAGCCUGUGACAAACUGUACUUUCUUUCAAAACUCAGGAUGAAGAAGACCGUAUUGUUUACUGAAUGUGUAUGACCACAGCUGAUGACAAAUACACACACAGCAUCUUCACAAUCUGCAUCAGCAGUGGCAUCUUGACUGUUUUCCAUCCUACCACCAAAAACAGCCCAUUCCAUAAGAAAACAUGUAAGGGCACACUUUUUUUACAUAAUGUAUCUAAUAAAUUUAUGCAGUUGUGCAAUAAUGA